AUGUCCGACUCCAACACCGCGCUUGUUGUCCGAGUCUCCGACGGACAGUCUCCGAGGCUCUCCAAGGAAUCCAUCCCUCGACCCCGCCCCGCAGCAAACCAAGUCCUCGUCAAAAUAUCCCACGUCGCACAAAACCCGACAGACGUACAAUCCUUCGACCGCAAUGCCUUUGGAGAUGGAGCCGUCCUUGGCUGCGACUUUGUCGGCGAGGUUGUUGAGCUCGGGGGCAGUGUUACGCGGCUCUCCAAGGGCGACAUUAUUGCAGGCCUUGUCUGGGGUGGCGAGGUGAAGGGGCUCGGCGCGUACAGCGAGUACUGUCUUGCUGAUGAGCGGAUCUCGUUCAAAGUGCCUGGAAGUAUCGGCCGGGCAGAGGCGAGCACUAUUCCGCUCGCUGCGGCUACGGCGUGGCUUGCGUUGUUCUCCAAGGACUGUCUUGCGCUUUAUCGCUCUCAAGGGAGGGGGAGUAGUGUUCUUGUCUGGGGUGGUAGUUCAAGUGUUGGGCUAUACAGCAUCCAACUAGCCUCGCUCCUCGGCUUUGACGUCGUGACAACCUGCAGCGACAAACACGUUGAUCUCGUCCGAUCACUCGGGGCCAGGCAUGUCUUUAACUAUAAAGACGAGAAUGUCGCCGAGAAAAUCAAAGCCGCGGUGCCGAACCUGUCUCACGCCUUUGAUACGAUUGGAGCCAAGGGCACUUCUGCCGCUGCCUCCCAGGCAUUCGCCUCGGGUCCAGGAACGAUAUGUACUGUGCGGCCGGGCAAGGCAAAUACCGAGGACGUCGUCGAAGGGACACGGGUGACUGAUGUCCUGGUGUGGACGGCCUUUUUGAAGGAUCAUAGUUACGGGGAGUUCAAGUGGCCAGCCUCGAAGGACGAUCACGAACUUGUCGCUGAGCUCUUUGAGAAACUACCAGAGUGGUUGGAAAGGGGCCAUGUAAAGCCCAACAGACCCAAGGUGCUUGAAGGGCUGGGAGCAGUUGCAGACGGAUUUCAGGAGUACAGGGAUGGGAAGAUCUCCGCCUAUAAGAUAGUGUACAAGCUAUAA